AAAGACAAAAAGGGAUGUGUAACUGAUGUCUUUACGAGCUGAGUGUGCCAUCUUCACUCUUGAAGGGUUUCGAUUGCCUGCUGCCUCUUUGUUCCCUGCAAACAUGGCUCUAGAAGAAACAACAACAGAAGAUUACUGGACCUAUGAGGAUUACGACCAUUCCCCAUACCCUGAGGGGGUUUCUGCAGCCCCGUGCUUCCAGGACAACAUCUACGGCUUUGCACAGAGAUACUCCCCUGUUGUGUACAGCCUGGUGUUCGUCCUCGCUCUCGUAGGCAACGUGCUGGUGCUGUGUGUGAUCAGACGCUACAGAAACUCCCAGAGUGGCGGGGCCUGUGCCUUCUCUCUGACAGACACCUUCCUCCUUCACCUGGCCAUCUCUGACCUUCUGCUGGCGUUUACCCUGCCCCUGUUUGCAGUGCAGUGGGCUCACCAGUGGGUGUUUGGCUUGGCUGUUUGUAAGAUCUCUGGGGCCCUCUUCUCCCUGAACCGCUACAGUGGCAUCCUCUUCUUGGCCUGCAUCAGUUUUGACCGGUACUUGGCCAUUGUCCAUGCAGUCAACUCAGGCUGGAAACGCAACACCUGUCACGCCCAGUUUGCCUGCGCCGUCAUCUGGAUUCUAUGCCUGGGCUUGAGUGGAGUAGACAUUUACUUCAAACAAGUAGUGGAGGUUAACACUGUGGGUAAUCAGAAGGCAACUGUGUGCCAAGUGUGGUUCACUGAGAACAGCAAUGAGUGGCAUGUGGGACUGCAGUUUGUCAGCGUGGUUGUGGGUUUCGGUCUCCCCCUGCUGAUCAUGCUCUACUGCUACAUCCAGAUCUUCCGCUCUCUGUGCAAUGCAACUCGUAGGCAAAAGCGCAAGUCUCUCCGUCUGAUUGUCUCCUUGGUGUCCGUGUUUGUUAUCUGCUGGGCGCCGUACAACUGCUUCCAGCUGGCAGACAGCCUGGAGAAGCUGGGCCUGGUGAGAGGGGGUUGCCAGUUUGGCCAUGUGGUGGACAUUGGGAUUUUGAUCACUGAAAGCGUGGGGCUGUCGCACUGCGCCCUCAAUCCUCUGCUGUAUGGCUUUGUCGGGGUGAAGUUCAGAAAGGAGCUGGUUCGAAUGUGCAAGGGUCUGCUGGGACAGCGAGGCUGGCAUAUGGAGGGGUGGAAAGAGAGGAGGCUGAGAAAAUCCACAGGAUCGUUCAGCUCUGCAGAAAGUGAAAACACCACAUACUCUGUCAUGGUGUGAUACAGGUUUGCCAUUGUCUGUACAAACGGGGAUUAAGAGUAAGAGACAGAUUAAAUAAAAGAGGAAUGUGGUUUCUGCCGGUAUAUCCUAAAUGGGUGCUUUGACAUCAGAUUGAUGUUUCAGUGCAGCUUACAGUGUUUUGUUCUCAUUUUUUACUCAUUUUACUGUGUAACGUUGUAGUGAGGGUUGAGCAUGGAGUGAAAUGCAACAUCCCAUAUGUUUUUUUUUUUUUAAAAACAGUUUCAUGAGAAGGUGAUGAUUUUUAUGUUCAUAAGUCAAAUCUUGUGAAAUAUCUGAUUUCUUCAUACUCCUGAAAAGCUUGCUCAGCAACAUCUAGGCUGACUGUGACCUCAGUAUGUGCAAACUUGUAACAAGCUUCACUUUCAUCCAAAACCAAAAUGUUUAAACUUAUGUAACAUUAAAAAACUGUGUGGAAGCAUUUUUUAAAGGUUAUCUGUUACAUAAUAAAGCUAUGUGUUAAACUGUGUGUUAAAAAUGUACUCUAUUCUGUAAGAAAAAGGGCAUGAGCAUGAGUCAUUUUGGAUUUCGCUUGUAACAUUUAAUCCCAACCUCUUUUCGAUGUAAAAAAAAAAGUUUCAUAAUAAAUAUUUUUAAUACAAACAAAGUGUCUGUUCAGUUAUGCUUCAAUGUCUUAUCUUAAUCUUCUUCUUCUUAAUGUUACUGGGAAACUUUCAUGUGACACAAUAUGCAGCUACCAGAUGCACUGCCAGAAUUCAGAACUAAAACAAUUACUGUA